CAACCUCAUUCAUGGCUGAAAUCCUCACUAUAUAAGCCCAAUCCCCAUCUCUCCUUUCCCACCUCAUCCUCUUCUUCAUCGUCAUCGACUUCCCCUGCUCGUGCUCUUGCUGUUGCUUGCUCUGCCGCUGCGCCGAAGAAGCUCAGGAGGGUUUCGGUUGAGGCGGUGUUGCUUGCGGAGAAAGCUUUGACGGAGGUUGGAAUCAUGGCUGGAAGUGGGGUUUUUGAGGAGAUCUUUGAUGGGGAGGUGUUUAAGUACUAUGUUGAUGGGGAGUGGCGAAAGUCGAGUUCUGGGAAAUCGGUGGCCAUCGUUAAUCCGACCACUAGGAAGACGCAGUAUCGCGUUCAAGCUUGCACACAGGAGGAGGUGAACAAGGCGAUAGAUUUGGCGAAGGUGGCGCAGAAGUCAUGGGCGCGGACUCCACUGUGGAAGCGCGCCGAGUUACUCCACCGCGCCGCAGCCAUUCUCAAGGAACACAAGGCCCCCAUCGCCGAGUGUCUCGUCAAGGAGAUUGCCAAACCAGCUAAGGAUGCUGUCACUGAGGUGGUGAGGUCUGGGGAUUUGGUAUCAUACACUGCGGAGGAAGGAGUGCGUAUUCUUGGCGAGGGGAAGUUCUUGGUGUCUGAUAGUUUCCCCGGCAAUGAACGGAGCAAAUAUUGCCUCACUUCCAAGAUCCCUCUUGGAGUCAUUUUAGCAAUUCCUCCUUUUAAUUAUCCAGUCAACUUGGCUGUCUCUAAGAUUGGCCCAGCACUAAUUGCUGGCAAUGCUCUUGUGCUCAAACCUCCAACUCAGGGUGCUGUUGCUGCUUUGCAUAUGGUUCACUGCUUUCACUUGGCUGGUUUUCCAAAAGGCCUCAUAAGUUGUAUCACAGGCAAAGGUUCUGAAAUUGGUGAUUUUCUGACAAUGCAUCCUGGUAUCAAUUGUAUAAGCUUUACUGGUGGUGACACUGGUGUUGCCAUUUCAAAGAAGGCAGGCAUGGUUCCUCUGCAGAUGGAACUUGGAGGAAAAGAUGCAUGCAUUGUUCUUGAAGAUGCUGAUCUGGAUUUAGUGGCUUCUAAUAUAGUGAAAGGAGGUUUCUCUUACAGUGGUCAGAGAUGCACUGCAGUGAAGGUUGUUUUGGUAAUGGAAUCUGUCGCUGAUGCUCUCGUAGAGAAAGUGAAUGCCAAGGUAGCAAAACUAUCAGUUGGAGCACCUGAGGAAGACUCGGACAUCACUCCAGUUGUGUCUGAAUCCUCUGCAAAUUUCAUUGAAGGGUUGGUUGUGGAUGCAAAGGAAAAGGGUGCAACAUUCUGCCAGGAAUACAAGAGGGAAGGGAAUCUGAUAUGGCCAUUGUUGUUGGAUAAUGUCCGACCGGAUAUGAGGAUCGCUUGGGAAGAACCAUUCGGCCCUGUCUUGCCUGUCAUUCGUAUUAGCUCUGUCGACGAAGGCAUUCACCACUGCAAUGCAAGCAAUUUUGGGCUUCAGGGAUGUGUUUUCACAAAAGACAUCAACAAAGCAAUGAUGAUCAGUGAUGCAAUGGAGACCGGAACAGUUCAGAUUAAUUCAGCACCUGCUCGCGGUCCCGACCAUUUUCCUUUCCAGGGUAUUAAGGACAGUGGCAUUGGGUCACAAGGAAUAACAAAUAGCAUCAACAUGAUGACCAAGAUCAAGAGCACUGUCAUUAACCUGCCUUCUCCUACUUACACAAUGGGCUGAGUUCUUCGGUAGAUUAAUUAGUGCCCGUUAAUAAAUAAUAAUCUUCGACAAGUUUUUUAUUUCGGUUUUUCUUCUGUUUCUGGAAUUGGUGUUCAUUGAUAAUAAAAUUAUUGGUUAUGCUUCUUUUGUCCCAAUUU